AUGCGAUUUAGAAACCCCUUUUCCAAGUCCAAGGGGGAGGCACUGCCGCUCACAGCCGCCAGGUGGCACCCGCGGGCAGGCCCUCGGAACCGGAAGCGGGGCUGCGGGUCUCAAGGCCGGCAGCCAUGUUUGUUCGCUUCGCUGCUGCGGGGCACCGCUCUCGGUCGCCAGCCGCCCUGUCUCCUCCCAGCCCCGACCAGUGAGCGGCUGCCGCUGCGCCUCUGGGCGCAGGAUCGAGUCCCACCGUGGGAAUCUUCUCUGAGCAAGAGGCUAGUGUCUCAGAUCAGCAUCCGCUCGUCCCGGGAGCGUGGGAAGAGCCCUUCAUUUGUCGCUGUGCCUGAAAAAAUUCAUAACAGAGAUAAGCUGCAUGAAUAUAAUGAAUGUGAAAAGGCUUUUAGUGAUUCCUUACAACUCACUGCACAUGAGGAAAUUCACAGAGAGAGGCUUUAUGAGUGUAAGGAAUGUGGAAAAGCCUUUAAUCAGGCCUCAUCCCUCACUAUACACAUAAGAACACAUAGCAUUGUGAGACCUUAUAAAUGUAAAGAAUGUGGAAAAGCUUUUAGUCGUUCCUCAUACCUCACUGAGCAUAUUAGAACUCACAGUGGAGAAAGACCUUAUAAAUGUAACGAAUGUGGGAAAGCCUUUAGUCGUUCAUCAUACCUCAGUGAACACAUAAGAACUCAUAGUGGAGUAAGGCCUUAUGAGUGUAAAGAAUGUGGAAAAGCUUUUAGUUCUUCUUCACACCUCACUACACAUAAAAGAAUACAUAGUGGAGAAAGACCUUAUCCAUGUAAGGUGUGUGGGAAAACCUUUAGUGAUUCUUCGUCCCUCAAUCAGCAUUUAAGAACUCACAGUGGAGAGAGGCCUUAUGAAUGUAAGGAAUGUGGGAAAGCCUUUAGUCGAUCCACGUACCUGACCGAGCACAUCAGAACCCACAGUGGCCUGAGGCCCUACGUGUGUAAGGAGUGCGGAAAAGCUUUCAGCCAGUCCUCACACCUCACUACACAUCUCAGGACUCACAGUGGAGAGAGAGCGUAUGAAUGUCAAGAGUGUGGGAAAGUGUUUAGGCAAUCUUCCAACCUCACCACACACAGGAGAACUCACAGUGGCGAGAGACCUUAUGAAUGUAAGGAAUGUGGGAAAGCCUUUAGCCAGUCGUCAGCCCUCACCAAACAUGUAAGAAUUCACAGUAGAGCGAGGCCUUAUGAAUGUAAAAAAUGUGGGAAAACCUUUACGUUGUUCUCCCACCUCACUGCGCAUUUAACAACUCACAGUGGAGAGAGAGGGCUUAUUAAUGUGAUGAAUGUGACGAAACAUUUAGCCAGUUCUCAGUCCUUAUUAACUUUCAGUAACCUUACGGUGGGGAUGGACCUUAUGAAUGUAACUAAUCUGGGAAAACUGUUGCUCAUCCCUCUUACCUCAGAAACACAAAAGUAG